ACUACUACGGCUGCAUUUGCAUAAACCCUACUGAGUGGAGUUGGUUCUACUAGCAAGAGAGUACAGCAGCCAACAACAUAAACCCUAGAAUUCUUUCAGCAGCGCAGCCAUGGCAAUAGAUCCAAAACAAGUAAAAUCAGACCUAGUUCUCAUCCUCGACUUCGGUUCCCAAUACACUCACCUCAUCACUCGCCGUAUCCGAAGCCUCUCCGUUUUCUCUCUCUGCCUCAACGGCACUUCUUCUCUUCAAUCCAUCACUGAACUCAACCCCUCCCUCGUCAUUCUCUCCGGUGGUCCCCACUCCGUUCACACUCCCGAUUCCCCUUCCUUCCCCGACGGCUUUCUUCAAUGGGCUCAGUCCAAUGCCGUCCCUGUUCUCGGUAUCUGCUACGGUCUUCAGCUUCUUGUCAGCCGUCUUGGCGGUGAAGUCCGCGUCGGUAACACGCAGGAGUAUGGCCGUAUGGAAAUUAAGGUCGAAAACGCAUCUGCUCUUUUUCCUGUUGAGAAAGUUGGACAUAGUCAGCUUGUUUGGAUGAGUCAUGGUGAUGAAGCUGUUACUCUCCCUUCUGGUUUCAAUGUCGUGGCACGGAGUCAACAAGGCGCAGUCGCUGCCAUCCAGAAUCCCUCCGCCAAAUUCUAUGGCCUUCAGUAUCACCCCGAGGUGACUCAUACACCGGAAGGAAUGGAAACACUGAAGCAUUUUCUAUUUGAUGUUUGUGGGAUUUCAGCUGGGUGGAAGAUGGAGGAUGUGUUGGAGGAAGAAAUCAAAGUCAUUAAUAAUACAGUGGGGCCUGACGAACAUGUCAUUUGUGCCUUAUCUGGUGGUGUUGAUUCCACUGUUGCUGCUACUAUAGUUCAUAAAGCCAUUGGGGAUAGACUUCAUUGUGUUUUUGUUGACAAUGGCUUGCUCAGGUAUAAGGAGCAGGAACGUGUGAUGGAAACCUUUAAAAAGGAUCUUCAUUUACCGGUUGAGUGUGUUGAUGCUGCAGACCAAUUUCUUACAAAGCUAAAAGGUGUGACAGAUCCUGAAGUAAAGAGAAAAAUUAUUGGUAAAGAGUUUAUCUGUAUCUUUGAUGCUUUUGCUCAAAAGCUAGAAAAGGAACUCGGAAGCAGACCUUCUUACUUGGUUCAGGGAACCUUGUACCCUGAUGUGAUUGAAUCAUGCCCACCACCUGGAAGUGGGAAAACCCAUUCCCAUACCAUCAAGAGCCAUCAUAAUGUCGGUGGUCUUCCAAAGGAUAUGAAAUUGAAACUUAUUGAACCACUUAAACUACUUUUCAAGGAUGAGGUACGUCAAUUAGGGAGGAUCAUGGAUGUCCCUGAGGGAUUUCUAAAACGUCAUCCCUUCCCUGGGCCUGGUCUUGCAGUUAGAGUUCUGGGUGACGUGACUGAAGGAAAUGCCUUAGAUGUUCUCCGACAGGUUGAUGAGAUUUUCAUUCAGUCAAUCAAAGAUGCUGGCCUUUAUGACGUAAUAUGGCAAGCCUUUGCAGUUUUCUUACCAGUAAGAUCUGUUGGAGUUCAAGGUGAUCAAAGAACACACUCCCAUGUUGUUGCACUCAGAGCCGUGACAAGUCAAGAUGGAAUGACAGCAGACUGGUACUACUUUGAGCACAAGUUCCUUGAUGAUGUUUCACGCAAAAUCUGUAACGGUGUCCGUGGUGUGAAUCGUGUUGUGCAAGAUAUUACGUCUAAGCCUCCUUCAACAAUUGAGUGGGAAUAAUAUCAGAGUUAGUUUUAUUUUUCGAUGGUUGUGGGGUGCUAUUGUGUUGUAUAUGCGAUAAGGUACUGGGCUCUAUUUACUUGUUUGAGUUAUUGUUUUUCCCUCUUGCCUAGGGAUCGGAGGGGAAGGGAUCGAAGCGGGAAUUUAUAAUAGGAUUGAUACAAUUCUUGACAUUGCAAUAGCUAGAAUUGAGAGGACUAGUUAUUGUUGUGAUUUUUCCCCCUCUCGAAUCAAUUGAAUCGAACUAUAAUUGCUCCUCAA